AUCACCAUUCUAUGUACACAUAUAAGUUGAUGUAGAUAAUAAUGCAGUGUGCUACCACUAAAUCUCUUCUUAGUUUUGCCUUCCUCUUCAUAGAACCAGUUGAAGCUCGUGUAAGGAAACUUGAGAACAAGAAAAAGGCCAUGGAGAAGCUUAGAGAAAAGUCACAAGUUUCUAAGCCAAAAGGUGAAGCACCUUCAACACAACAAUUGCCAGAUGAUAAAAGCCUUCCAACUUUGCCACUACCAUCACAAGCAAGCAGAGUAGGACGUUUAGUGGAAGCAACCCACAACAAUAUUUGAAACUACUUGUUAUUCAAGACAAUCUAACAUUGAAUCAUCGGAACUACUUGUUUCUGACAGCCUAACAAGUGAGGAGCUAUUUAAUCCAAAAACAAGUUUGUAAUUAGCUAAUCUCAUGUUAAGAACUAGUACUUUGAGUUGGUGAAUACCAAUUUAGUUAAGAUUCUAAUAUAGGCUGAUUUGGGUU